AUGACGUUUAAAUGUAUUUGUCAUUAUUUAGGAGAGAGCAACAUUGCCAUGAUCUACUCUGAAGCCAGGAAUUGUGGAAAGUCGUUGUCUCUACAGCUUUUUGCAUACCUUCAGGGAGCAACCGUAUCGCACCCAAUCAUCAUUGCUGGCGGCAAUGAGACAACAUCAGAGAUGUCGCUGUAAGUUUUGUUCCACAAGUCAUCACUGACUUACGGUACAUAAAUGGCAAAAAAUUUAAAAAUAUUUUAAAAACCAUUUGUUCCAGGAAUUUGAUGAUUCGGGCAGUGUCAAGCACAACCUUGGUGUCGCUGUUUGAUGACCCCAAGAUGACAGCCUCCUUAUCUGAGUAUUUGUACCAACUACAGGGUAGGUACCUCUAAACAUGGUUUAGUAGAAACUAACCAAGCUGAGGGUUCCCUUCCCAAGAUGUCGGAGAACCUCAUGAAUACAAAGUAUAAAUCUGUAUGUUGGUACAAACAGCGUAAGCAUAGAAAGAGUUCUUGAUAGUUGUGGCCUAAAAAUAUUGAUUUAAAAUUCAAAAAAUGAUAAUCAUAGAAUACAACAAUUAUAUCACAAUUUCUGUUUCAAGGUGGCUUAACUCAGGGGUCAUUAAAAAGAGGUAUCCAUACGCCCAAGGGUACCACACUGUUUACCAGUAACACCCUGGAAUCUGACAGGUAUUUUAAAUUAUUUUAUCAACUGUUAUCAUUAUAUACAUCUAAAUAUGGCUGCAUCUCACACAACAUGGAUUAACCAGGAUACAAUGGUUUUUAACUAGCAUAACUUAAGCCAAUAUUGCUUUUUGGAAAUUUCCAUUGAUGUAGAGAUGUCUUUCCACUCUGAUAACCACUUUGCCUCUAAGACAAAGCAAAAAUAUCUGUGAAAUCCCAGUUCAAUUAGUUCACUACCACAGACGGAUCUUUACAAAGUGGCACAUUGGGUACCCAGCUAUGACCAUUUUGGCUCCAAAAUUUCAAUAGUAUGUGAAGCACCAUUUCAUCCACAUGCACCUCUAAUUCCUGUCUCAUCUACUGCAUCUAAUGCAUUGUUGUGCUUAGUUUGAACAAAAGGCCAACAAAAUUUGUUUUUUAAUAUACUCUAAUUAAUAAAUAUUAAUGAUAAUGAUAAUAAACACUUGUAAUGUUAAUUUAAUUGUAGUUAAUUUUUUUUAGUUAAUUGGGUUUUUUUCGCAUUUGUCUAAUAUUGUAUGUAUAAGACGUAGGAAACAAACUGUUUUUCAUAAAUAUGUAUAGGAAUGUAUAGUCAUAUAGUUCAUGUUAUAUUGUGAUUGUAAUUUUAUGUAUUAAUUGUUAUAUGUUAGUGUAUUUUGUAAAUCGUUUGGUGGGACAUAAUAAAUAACAAAUAGUUCUGUUGUCUUUUUCGUCAAUCGUGCAAUUGUUAAAUUAAUAAAUAAAUAAUUAAAACAUGUUGUAAUUAUCCUUCAUGGAUAAAUAUAUAGUUGUAAAAAUAAUUUGUAAUUUGCAUUUAAUGUAUUUGGAAAGGCUCGGUUAACUACUUGCAUGUACAGUAUAUGUGCGAGAUAAAUUGUCACUCCUUUAUCUUUUGUUUGUAUUACAGACUGGAAGGAAGAAUCUUGAGAUUUGAUUUCGCUAAAGAUCCCAACCAUUCUAGUGAAAAUGAAUCUCGAUUAGUGGACUUCGUCAAAGGCAAUAAGGUACUAUAAAUUGUUCUUUACUGAGAUACAUAGAUAAAGAACGAAAAUGUUUACAAGUAUUUUCGGUGUACAUAGGCAUACUGACACAAAGUGGGAUUUUAUAUGUAAAAAAAGGAAAGACAAUAUCUUUAGGUAGAUUGAAAUGAACAACUGCCAAACCUUGAGCGUGUUUAACACUCUAUUCUAAACUCAAUAAUAUAGGCUUUUUGCAUCCAAGCAAAAUCUAUGUAUAACUCUGGAUAGCAAGGAGAAUGUUUAUCAAAUCAAUGAGUAGACAAUGAAUUGUGGAAUCGUCACGAUUAAAAAUUGACUUACAGUUUCACUUUUUUGUAGGGUUUGAUUGUAGCGUGGGGGAUGCGUAUGAAGGCCAUAUGGCCCGAAGGCUCGACAUGCCGUGGACAAUCAACACAUCCUGACAAACGUUAUGCAGUCCUCGGCACCAGAUCAAAAUCGAUGGAGGGAAGCAAUGGCAAUUCUCUUUCUUGUUUAUACAAUGGUAUAUAUCUGCUUAAAAUGUCCAAUAGAUUGUGAAGAACAAAUAAUCAAAAUGUUUAAAAACAGUUGGGGAAAAGCAACUGAAUGACUGAUUUCUUUUUUGUUUGUUCAUAUUUUUCUAAACACAAAACUUUAAGAUUCACAGGUUGUAACCUUGUCUUUGCAUUCUUAAUAUAAAAAUGUCACAAUUACUCCAUUACUGGUGUUCUAAUCUCACACAGGGAUGCAUCCAGCAUUAUCUGGUGGAGUGUUCUGCCAGUUUUGGGGCCGAGUUGUGUCGGUCGUGUGCGCCACCCAUCAAUGAUUAUACUCAAAUUGUAAUUGUUAUUCACUUAUCAUGUAAUUAUGCAAAUUUUCUUUAAUAUUUGUUUGCUUUGAAUAGCAUUCCCUUGCACUCCUCUAGCUAGGGGGUGCACCCCCCCCCCCCCACGCAGCUUCCGCAGUGAAUUCAUACCUGGUCUCAGGUGUAAAAUGUGGAAGGUGUUGUUAUUGUACUUUUUGUUAUCGAGUUUGUCCAUUUUUACCAGAUCCAUGCCACUGCCGAUCUUUCCCCAAGGACUGCUGAUGUCAUUCAUUCCCUUGGUGGCAAUCGAAGCACUGCCUUGGUGCUCAAAAGGCUGCAACGUUCGAUAAUCGUACGCAUACGAGAGGAAUAUGUAAGAUUCCUUGUAACUUUACUUCAUGCUGGCAUGCAUGUAGCAUUAAUUUCAACGUUAUGCUGGACUGGUUGAAAAAUUUCCUUUUCAUUUUAGCUUAAGGAUAAAAUCUUUUUGCAAGUUGCACCUUUGACAUAAAUCAAUCCAUCUGUCCGUGUCACACCGAGCUGUGCGGAUGAGUGGGUCCCAGGUUUUGCCAUCCGCAAAACCGCCUUUGAGAACCUGGACGUGUCGUGGAGCGUACGUAUAUUGCAUUGUUGAAAUACAAAAAUAUCAGAACGUUUUAGAUGCUACUGUUGACUCUUUAAAUGAGUGAGAACAUGAAAAUAUAUUGUUAGCGUCUCUGUUGUUAAUAUUGUAAGAUGUGCGUUGUGCUUUGGGCGAAACCGCCUACAUACAGCGGUCAAUUGCCUUUGCCAAGGACCGCUCCGCCACAUUGGCAGAUCUGCGACGUAAAACUGCAAGGUGUAUCACGACGGCCCAAUCAAUUAAGAUUCCGCGUGCAGCAUUGGACCGACUGUUCCUCAAUUGGAUUGACUAUGCUAAGUUUUACGUAAUUAUCAAAAAUCAACAAACUGCAGCUUGACUAUCUGUCCGAGUGUUUUUAGAAAGGAAAGAGCAUUUUUGAUGCCAGUAUGAUGAGAAUAGUAUAUGUCAUCGAUAGCCUAUGUCAUCUAAAUGGAUUCUGUCAUGGUUGUAGUUCAAAUACUGGUUCAUUUUAUUAACUACAGUAGCUAUUAUUGCUAAUUGAUAAUAUUUUACAAACAGAACUUGAUGAUGGAGAACAACCAGAUGAGGAAUACAAUCCAGUCCAUGUGUCCGAUGUUUCCAGAGAAGACUUGGGCUGUCUGAGACACGUUGAAAAGGAAGUCAAGGCCCUUGUCGCAGGUAUAUUUUCAUUUCAAUAUGAAUAUUCAUUGUGUGUACAAAAAAGCAUGAACAGAUGAAGACUGUAAAAAGGACGACAAGUUAUAUUUUUGAUACAUGAUAGUUUAGAAAUAUUGGAACAAAACCAUGUAAAUUGCUGAUGGACGUUAUUAUUUAGGUUUCUUUUCCAGAAGGCCGGUUGAUGCCACUCCUCCCAGACCAGUGUUGCCAGACUUUGAGAUUGCCACUGCGGUAAGUAAGGAAAACAUAGAGCGUUUUGUUACAAUAAAAUAAUACAAGCAAAAUAUCAACAACUUAAUAUUGUAAUCAACAUAGACUAGCAUGAUUGCUGUGUAUUUGUAUUGAUAUGUGUUGUAUGGGAAUACUCAGUUAUUACUAUAUGCAAAUUAAAUGGAUAUAUAACAAUAUACCAACAAAUAAGCUUGUGGUUUUUAAAAUAUUUUUAUUUUGAUUUUUUUAUAUACAUGUUGCCUGUAUGAGAAAGAUUUAGUUGUAUUCAAAUAUUGCAGCCCACAUUUAGAAUAAUAAAAUAAUGUAAAUAUACAAUAAUUGACCAAUUAUUUAUUCAUAUUUUAGCUUUUGACUCCCAGAAGUAAGCGUCUCCUGGAAACGAGUACGGCUUCUCCCGAGAAACGUAGAGCGCUACUUCUGGUAAGUAUUCGUUUUUAUUUAUACAUGGCAAGCAUGUAUUUGAUUGGCUGCUGACGAGAUGGGAUUCUCCCAUAUUGCCCACAGGGAAAAAUGUACAGUAUAAAUAUGAUGAAAAGCUUACUGUUAUUUUAAAGUUAUGGACAAGACAGUUAAAGGACAUCUCUUGUCGGUUUUGGAAAAUAAAACGUGUCAGCGUCAACUAUGAUGGUUCUGGAAGAUCCGUCGAAACAAAGCUGACGAGGAUGCUGGGAACGAGGUUGACUUUUCAGCUGAUACAGAAGCCAAAUGAUUGGCUGAAAAAUAGCCAAUCACAAGCUGGCAUAUAGCACUAUUAAAAGGCAAGUCGAGUCCACAUCCAGGCCUGUUCCACAUGUUCAGAACUAUAGUAUCCAACGUGAACGUUUGAAGAGGGAAGGCGUCUGGUUGGUCGUAGAUGGUCAAUCAGUCACAAAUUUUUAUUUAAAAUUUGUAGGUUUGUGCGCCACUUGUGACGGCGAAAGCAGGUGGAUCGUCGAAGUUGAAGGAGAAGUGCUCGGAGAAUGCAAGCGAAGGUAUGUUCUGAUUAUUAAAUACAGACAUUAAAUUUCCACCAUGUAUGCAUGUUUAAAUGUAUUUGUCAUUAUUUAGGGGAGAGCAACAUUGCCAUGAUUUACUCUGAAGCCAGGAAUUGUGGAAAGUUGUUGUCUCUACAGCUUUUUGCAUACCUUCAGGGAGCAACCGUACCGCACCCAAUCAUCAUUGCUGGCGGCAAUGAGACAACAUCAGAGAUGUCGCUGUAAGUUUUGUUCCACAGGUCAUCACUGACUUACGGUACAUAAAUGGAAAAAAUUUUUAAAAUUUUUAAAAACCAUUUGUUCCAGGAAUUUGAUGAUUCGGGCAGUGUCAAGCACAACCUUGGUAUCGCUGUUUGAUGACCCCAAGAUUACAGCCUCAUUAUCUGAGUAUUUGUACCAAAUACAGGGUAGGUACAUCUAACAAUGGUUUAGUAGAAACUAACCAAGCUGAGGGUUCUUGGGCUGUCUGACACACGUUGAAGAGUAAGUCCAUGCUCUUGUCGCAGGUAUAUUUUCAUUGCAAUAUGAAUAUUCAUUGUGUGUACAAAAAGCAUGAACAGAUGAAGACUGUAAAAAGGACAACAAGUUAUAUUUUUGAUACAUGCUAGUUUAGAAAUAUUGGAACAAAACCAUGUAAAUAAUUGCUGAUGGGUGUUUUUAUUUUGGUCUCUUUUCCAGAAGGCCGGUUGAUGCCACUUUUCCCAGACCAGUGUUGCCAGACUUUGAGAUUGCCACUGCGGUAAGUAAGGAAAAUAUAGAGCGUUUUGUUACAAUAAAAAAAUACAAGCAAAAUAUCAACAACUUAAUAUUGUAAUCAACAUAGACUAGCGUGAUUGCCAUGUAUUUGUACUGAUAUGUGUUGUAUGGGAAUACUCAGUUAUUACUAUAUACAAAUUAAAUGGAUAUAUAACAAUAUACCAGCAAAUAAGCUUGUGGUUUUCAAAAUAUUUUGAUUUUGAUUUUUUUUAUAUACAUGUUGCCUGUAUGAGAAAGAUUUAGUUGUAUUCAAAUAUCGCAGCCGACAUUUAGAAUAAUAAUAAAAUAAUGUAAAUAUACAAUAAUUGACAAUUAUUUAUUCAUAUUUUGGCUUUUGACUCCCAGAAAUAAGCGUCUCCUGGAAACAAGUACGGCUUCUCCCGAGAAACGUAGAGCGCUAUACUUCUGGCAAGUAUUCAUUUUUGUUUAUACAUGGCAAGCAUGUAUUUGAUUGGCUGCUGACGAGAUGGGAUUCUCCCAUAUUGCCCACAGGGAAAACAGAUUUUAUUAUUGGCCUGCAAAGCUGCGAUUUGAUUUCACUAAAGAUCCCAACCAUUCUAGCUAAAUUGAAUCUCGAUUAGUGGACUUCGUCAAAGGCAAUAAGGUACUAUAAAUUGUUCUUUACUGAGAUACAUAGAUAAAGAACGAAAAUGUUUACAAGUAUUUUCGGUGUACAUAGACAUACUGAAACAAAGUGGGAUUUUAUAUGUAAAAGAAGGAAAGACAAUAUCUUUAGGUAGAUUGAAAUGAACUACUGCCAAACCUUGAGCGUGUUUAACACUCUAUUCUAAACUCAAUAAUAUAGGCUUUUUGCAUCCAAGCAAAAUCUAUGUGUAACUCUGGAUAGCAUGGAGAAUGCUUAUCAAAUCAAUGAGUAGACAAUGAAUUGAAUUGUGGAAUCGUCACGAUUAAAAAUAGACUUACAGUUUCAUUUUUUUGUAGGGUUUGAUUGUAGCGUGGGUGAUGCGUAUGAAGGCCACAUGACCCGAAGUUGCUCGACAUGCCGUGGGCAUUCAACGCAUGCUGACUGAAACGUUAUGCAGUCCUCGGCACCAGAUCAAAUCGGUGGAGGGAAGCAAUGGCAAUACUCCUUCUUGUUUAUACAAUGGUAUAUAUCUGCUUAAAAUGUCCAAUAGAUUGUGAAGAACAAAUAAUCAAAAUGUUUAAAAACAGUUGGGGAAAAGCAACUGAAUGACUGAUUUCUUUUUUGUUUGUUCAUAUUUUUCUAAACACAAAACUUUAGCAUUCACAGGUUGUAACCUUGUCUUUGCAUUCUUAAUAUAAAAAUGUCACAAUUACUCCGUUACUGGUGUUCUAAUCUCGCACAGGGAUGCAUCCAGCAUGAUCUGGUAGGGUGUUCUGCCAGUUUUGAUGCCAAGUUGUGUUGGUCGUGUGCGCCACCCAUCAAUGAUUAUACUAAAAUUGUAAUUGUUAUUCACUUAUCAUGUUAUUAUGCAUAUUUUCUUUAAUAUUUGUUUGCUUUGAAUAGUAUUCCCCUGCAACCCUCUACCUAGGGGUGCACCUCCCCUCCCCCGCAGCUUCCGCAGUGAAUUCAUACCUGGUCUCAGGUGUAAAAUGUGGAAGGUGUUGUUAUUGUACUUUUUGUUAUGGAGUUUGUCCAUUUUUUCCCAGAUCCAUGCCACUGCCGAUCUUUCCCCAAGCACUGCUGAUGUCAUUCAAUCACUUGGUGGCAAUCGAAGCACUGCCUUGGUGCUCAAGAGGCUGCAACGUUCGAUAAUCGUACGCAUACGAGAGGAAGAUGUAAGAUUCCUUGUAAUUUUACUUCAUGCUGGCAUGCAUGUAGCAUUAAUUUCAACGUUAUGCUGGACUGGUUGAAAAAUUUCUUUUUCAUUUUAGCUUAAGGAUAAAAUCUUUUUGCAGGUUGCACCCUUGACAUGGAUCAAUCCAUAUGUUCGUGUCACACCGAGCGGUGCGGAUGAGUGGAUCCCAGGUUUUGCCAUCCGCAAAACGGCCUUCGACAAACUGGACGUGUUGUGGAGCGUACGUAUCUUGCAUUGUUGAAAUACAAAAAUAUCAGAAUGUUUUAGAUGCUACUGUUGACUCUUUAAAUGAGCGAGAACACGAAAAUAUAUUUUUAGCGUCUUUAUUCUUAAUAUUAUAGGAUGUGCGCUGUGCGUUCGGCCAAACCGUCAACGUACAGCGGUCGGUUGGCUUUGCCAAGAACCGCUCGGCGACAUUGGCACAUUUGCGUAGCAAAAGAGUAACGUGCAUCACCACCGGCCAAGGAAUUAAAAUUCCGCGUGCGGCAUUGGACCAACUGUUCCUGGAUUGGAUUGACUAUGGUAAGUUUUACGUGAUUAUCAAAAAUCAACAAUCUGCAGUUUGACUAUGUGUCCAAGUGUUUCUAGAAAGGAAAGGUAAGGCAUGGAAACUGGAGUAAUAACAUGUUGCGAGUCUGUUGGUUUCAUCAACCUUGUUACAAGAUGGUAAUCUUCUCAGCAACUGUGAACAAGCAGUGUGAACACAUCUUGUUGACAAGCUGCGAGUUUUUAUGCCUGUAAAUGAUAGUCAUCUAUACUUAUGGAGUUGUUUUCUUUACUGUUCAACGAUAUAGCGUGCGUAAUAGAUGAGAAAGUACAAAAACGCCCGAACAGCAGCACGGAUGGCGAAAACAAGAAAAAACAUUAAAAAUGCAAUUUAUGAAAAGAUGGAGGUAGACUGAAAUUUAGAAAUUAAGAAAAAUCUAUUAAUAGAAAUUAAGAAAUUUAGUCUAUUUAAUGUUUUAUUUAUUGAGAAAUUUAAUAAAAGAUAAUAUUUAUUUGGGAUGCCUACCGGGUGUCCCAAAGAAAGCUUGCGUUGUUUGACAAAGUGCAAGAAAGACUUAAUGUUUGUAAGAGAAGAUUUGCGUACAUUUGCAACAUAAAAGACAUGAGAAAAUUCAUACAAAUAAGAAACUGUAUGAAUGUGAUGUUUGUGAAAAACGUUUCCAGCGAAAUGGAAAUACGAGGAGGCACAAAAACACACAUACUGUGAACCUCCGACUAUAAGCCUCCCCCCGAAUAUAACAACCCCUCCCCCCCCCGUGUAUAAGACCACCACAUGUACUAACGCUCGCAUCAUUCCAAAUAUAAGCUCCCUCCCGGAAAAUAAGCCCAUCCAAAUAUAAGGCCCCCAAAUAUAAUAUUAUGCGACACUGUAUGUGUGGUAUUAAUUAAUGUGUGUGGUACUACAGUAUGUCCAUGGAUAUUAUGCGACACUGUAUGUGUGGUAUUAAUUAUGUGUGUGGUAUUACAGUAUGUCCAUGGAUAUUAUGCGACACUGUAUGUGUGGUAUUAAUUUAUGCGUGUGGUAUUACAGUAUGUCCAUGGAUAUUAUGCGAUACUGUAUGUGUGGUAUUAAUUUAUGUGCGUGGUAUUACAGUAUGUCCAUGGAUAUUAUGCGACACUGUAUGUGUGGUAUUAAUUUAUGUGUGUGGUAUUACAGUAUGUCCAUGGAUAUUAUGCAACACUGUAUGUGUGGUAUUAAUUACUGAUAAGUAGAUUAAACACCCGUACAGAUUCGCAGAUUUUCGUCCGACAUGUUUGCCUAGACAUGUUUUAUUUGUUCGUGUGUACGACCAAAAAUUAAAUUGUAAUUUUCACAAUGUUCGUAACUAGUGUGCAUUAAUUACGUGGUCCUCCUGUCAAUGUCGGACAAUCAUUAUUCCACCCACUUGUAUACCACAAUGCAUUGUAUGUACAGUAGCGUAAUGGGGUUUUUUUAAGUUGAACUUCCCAAAAAUUUAAAUUCUCUUCAAAACACCCGUUCGUUUUUUUUGCCCGGCGAAAUGCUGAGUUUUGCCCGAAAAAACUGCCCAUUUGAAACUUUGUAGGGGGGGGGAGCCAACCACCACAGGAUUUACGCCCCUGUAUGUGUACUUAAUUUUUAGAUGCAUUGAAAAUUACGUCACGUAAGCACUGUGUAUUCAAUUAACAUUAUUUUUUUCUAUUCCAAUAGGACGCGGAGAUGCGGAAAUUAAUUAAAACAGCAAUAAGGUAAAACAACUAAAACUUAUAUGAAUCUGUCAGGCAUAGUGUUAUUCAAGUGAUGUUUACUCGAUUGUUUUUCAUUUUAUUUUUUAGGUCUUGAAAAUAUUGCAAAAUACUUUGCAAAAACUAGAAAUUUUAAAAAAAUUGAAUCAAAACCUGCGUUAAAUUUUGAGUAAAAAACUGUUCUCUGCACAUAAAAUUACUCGAAUUACCGGCUUGCAGCAGCGUAGAAUCCACAAGGUGAGCAUCUUUCUUUUAACAUAAAUUAUAUUCUAAUUAUUAAAUUGUUAAACUUUUAUUCUUUGUAGAAUAGUACUAUGUGAAUUUCUAUCUAGACUUGUCUAGAUCAAAGGGAAUAGGUUAAUGUGCAAUUUAUACUCUUCCUAGAUAACUGAGAAAAUGGAUUUUCUUCCAAGAAAGACGUCUGUAAAUAUUUGAGAUUGAUGCAGUGUGUAAAUAUGUGUUGAGUGAAAAGUUGUUGUAUAUAACUUUUGCCAUAACUCCUAUCAUAUUGUACAAAAUGGUGCUAAAAAAAUUGGUUGCACUUUGGCAGGCAAAUAAAUUUAUACCAAAAUAUAAUCAAUCCAUUAUCUUUUAGAUCAACAGCCACAUAAAAGGCCUGGCGCGGAAAAAAAUCCGCCAGGUAGAAAAAGAAAUUAAAGUGAGUAUCUUUUUGCCAAGUAAAUUAUAUAUAAAAUUUUGUUUGAUUUGUUUAUGGUAAUAUGGAGCAAAUAUCAUGUAGGUUGGCUUGCCUCAAAAACUUAUUAUUUCUCUUAGGAUAAAGACGAAAGAACCAAAAUAUUACAUACAAUGGCAUCAAUGUCGCAUGCCGACAUUGUUGUGCAAUUUGUAUUCUCAAAUGACCAUAGUUCACAUCCAUUACCAGCUCUUAAUAGCAUUCAGGUAAGCUGGAGGUCAGAUUACGUUGUACAUUUACCCAGAAAUUGGCAUUGGUCAUAUGGAGUCUCUAUGGAAAUGGUCUUUACAGAGUCACCCAGACACUGCCUUUACCCUUAGUUGGUUUCAUGUUGCAUUCUUGGAGAGUCACUGUAACUGAUUGAUCAGAAUUGGGGGAAAUGAUCAUUAGGGGCGGAUCAUUAGAAAUCCCGCGAGGGGGAUCUAAAAUUUUUGCGGCACGAUUUGGUUUUUUCAGUUUCAUGUCUCUGCAGGAUUUUUUAUGCAUUUAACUUCUGCAACAAUUUUUUUUCCAAACUAUUUGGACUUUGCUGUUUACUUGCACGAAUUUUUUUUUCUGACUAAUGGCUGCGCGAAUUUUUUCCAGGCAUUUUUCUUUGCACGAAUUAUUUUUUUUUGGGGGGGGGGGGAUUUUCACUCUCCCUCCCGGGAUUUCUAAUGGUCCGCCCCUUAGGCAAAUGCAAAAAGAUUGACAUGGACAGAAGGAAUUCAGAAAUGAACAAAAUAAUGAAAUCUACAAAUUAGUUCAAUUGAAUGUGAUACCCCAAAUCUUGAGAUGAAUUAUCGAUACCUGUGUUAAAGAUGUAUACUGUAUAUAUGUAAGUCAACACAUCAAGUCAAAAAUUUCUUUGUCUUUUAUACCAGAUCUUUCCUCUAAGCUUAAACUCCCUACUAAUUCGCGCGGGAACGCCAAGAAAGUUGAAUGUAGUUCUAAAUGGCGUGUCGGCAAGCAUUCAGGCAAACAAAAAAUGCACAGGUUAGGCAACUACAGAGAAAGUUGAGUAAUAUUCGCUCCGCCCGCAAAGCGACCGCAAUGGAAAUCGGCCUUUACGCCAUCUAAAGUGAAAUAAUAUUUUUCAAAAUUUGUGUGAAUUUUGGACAUAUGUAGGCACUUUUUAAUUUUUAUAUCUUUAUAACUGGAUAACAUAUAACUUAAAUUAUUUAUUGUAAUAUACAAAUAAAAAACACGACUCGUUAAUCACGACUUACGAAUUUCACGAGUCGUUAUGGUAUGGUAUGGUAUGGUAUGGUAUGGUAUGGUAUGGCAUGGUAUGGUGUGGAAUAGUAUGGUAUGGUAUGAUAAAUGUACUCAAGUUACGCUCUUUGCAGCCAUCAACAACUGCCUUCCAAUGCACACAGACCUAAGCUGGACUGUUUCUCCAAGAUCUGCCCAAGCCAAUCCUAUCUUGCUCAGCUUCUUUGAACCUGUCUCCCAACUAUUCCUUGGGUGAUUCCUUUCACCCCUUUUCUGAGGAUUUCACACCAGAGCCUGGUGACUGAUGUAAGUACACAUCAAGACAAAAAUCUCUUUGUCUUUUAUACCAGAUCUUUCCUUAGUAAGAAAGUAGGCUAGUGUUGAAAAUAUUACAGCUUGUCAGCUAUAAAUUGCUAUGAAUUUCAGGACUCAAAUUUUUUAUCGCCCAAACUUUCUUCAGUGCUCUUGUUAGAAUCUCAUAAGUCACGUUGCUCUUUAACAAGUUAUUACCCGAUUCCUACACGAUUACUAACAUUUUGACAUCUUUGUUUGCAGUACUGCAGCAAUGAAGCCUUUCGUGAGCCAGCCGCUACUGGAGAUCUUCCAACAACACAAUAACACAUACUACAACAUCAUUUGGAAGUAGUCCUGGACUAUCAUCAGCAACAUUAGCACCCACUAACAGCGUUUGUUCACCCAAUGAGGAGAUGGUAAGUAUGAGCGUAGUUUAAUCUUCUUGUUCCCAGAAGUGUCAACAAUUCCAGGGCGUGAAAUAACAUUCCCAAAGUUUAUAAUAUAGGGCCCCCACCUUAAUAGAGUCCCUAAAAUUGAGUAGGUUCUUUAAAUUGGUCACAGGAUUUUUGAACUUGAAGGCCCUUUACAGUAGUUCCACAUACAGCCUAGCUAAGGUUUAGUUGGGUGACUGACUUGGGUGACUGACUAGCUUAAAAAUAAUGAUGUCAUAGUGCCCCAGAGAAGAUUUGCCCCGAGAAUUCUCUCGGCGAGCCUGCCGACUAUUGAUCAGUGAUGUGUUAAAGAUGUAUAUUGUAUAUAUGUAAGUCAAAACAUCAAGCCAAAGAUCUCUUUGUCUUUUAUACCAGAUCUUUCCUCUAAGCUUAAAAUAGUGUGCAAUUUAAUACUCUUCUAGAUAACUGAGAAAAUGGAUUUUCUUCCAAGAAAGACGUGUGUAAAUAUUUGAGAUUGAUGCAGUGUGUAAAUAUUUGAGUUUGACGCAGUGUCUAAAUAUGUGUUGAGUGAAGAGUUGUUGUAUAUAACUUUUGCCAUAACUCCUAUCAUAUUGUACAAAAUGGUGCUAAAAAAAUUGGUUGCACUUUGGUAGGUAAAUAAAUUUAUACUAAAAUAUAAUUAAUCAUUAUCUUUUAGAUAAACAGCUACAUAAAAGCCCUGGCGCGGAAAAAAAUCCACCAGGUAAAAAAAUAAAUUCAAGUCCGAUCUAUCUUUUUGCCAAGUAAAUUAUAUAAAAAAUUUUGUUUCAUUCACACAAUUUCUUCUCCAUAAAUAUGGAGCAAAUAUCAUGUAGGUGGGCUUGCCUCAAAAACUUAUUAUUUUUAUUAGGAUCAAGACGAAAGAAACAAAGUCCUCCAAACCUUGGGGAAGAUGACGCACCCACAAAUUGUGGCUGCGUACGUUUUGGUCAGAGAGGAAGAACACAACAGUCAGUCCCUAUCCUAAUAUUGCAAGCUAUGGCAAAGAUGACAAACCCACAAAUUGUGGCUGCUUACGUUUUGUUUACAGAGAAUGACCACAGCAGUCCCUAUCCUGAUCAUUACAAGACAUUACAAGACAUUACAAGCUAUGGCGAAGAUGAGAGAUGCAGAGAUUGUAUCACAAUUUGUAAUACCAGCAAAGGAUGCUCGUACCACACCUGUACAUAUGGUAUCAUCAAAAUUCACAAAUAG